AUGAUAAUUAUAUAUUCAAAGUUAAUAUUCGUAUGAAUAACCCUUAAGUAUAUUUAUCGUAUCGUCAUGCGAUAUCUCAGUAAAUAUUAGCAAAUUUUGUUUGUUAUUAUUCGAAACGAAAACUCGAAACAUUUCCGAAACACGUAAAUAUAGUAAACAAUAUGUCUGUUGUUUAUCCAAUUUUACCUAAAUUGGUUGAGCGAGAUGGUUUUGAUGAUGAAGAUUUAACAGAUAUUGACGAUGAGGUAUUCAUCAGAGAUGGAAAGAAUGGUUUAAAAUUACAUGAUGAUAGAGGAGUAAAAAGGCCUUUAAUGGCACCUCGUAGAAAAUAUAAGAGAUCAUAUAAUUUUGAGACAUAUGGACUUUCAAAUAAGGCCAGCUUUGGUCUUAUGGUAUUAAUAAUAUUAAGUUUAAUUAUAUUGUGCAUGUAUAUUGUAAAUAUAAUUCCUGGACCAAUAUCAGUUUUGAAAAAUUGGUUAUCAGAUGAUCUUAAAAACUCAUUACAUGAAUCUAAUAUAAUACCAUGUACAUCUCUUGUGCCAAAGAUUUUAUGGACUAAAUCAUUACCAAAGUUAAUAUCUGAAUCACCAAUAAGAAGCAAUGAUGUUAAUGGUGAUGGAGUUGAAGAUAUUAUCAUUGGAUUUAGCACAGGAUUGGAUAUGAUAAACAUUCCAGAAUAUAUUUGUGCAUUGUACUUUGACGGACAAGUUCCAUGUUCUGGUGGAAUUCUGGCUUUAAAUGGAAAAACAGGAGACAUUCUUUGGGUUCAUUGGACAGCUCAUGCUGUUUUCUCAAUUGAUUGUGGUAUAGAUUUAACAAAUGAUAAAAUUAAAGAUUGUAUUAUAUGUGGACGAGGUGGAAUACUUCAUGCAGUUGAUGGUUAUAAUGGUACUAGUAUAUGGGAAAUACCAGUUCAAGAUUUAUCAAUUUCUGAAGAAUGGAAACUCUCAGAUAUUUAUGAUGCUAAAUUUAUUGCUGAUAUUGAUGGAGAUGAUAUUGGAGAUAUUAUUGCAUCACAUACUAUACAAUCAAAAGAAAUUCAUUCAAGUGAAAUUCUUAUGAUAUCAGGAAUUAAUGGAAAUAUUAUACAUAGAUCAGUUUUACCAAAUACAGAACAGCUUUUUUUAGCACCUCAGAAAUUAGUUCAUCCAGAUGGAGAAAAUAUUUUUGUUCUUGUAACUAGUAGUCAGAAACAAUCAGGUGGAUUGUAUGUAAUUUCUCAAGAGAAUUUAAUGUAUAAUGACUUGAAAUUACGUAAACUUCACCAUAACACAGGAAAAGGAACUUUAUUACCUCCAAUUUUAGUCGAUGUAACAUUAGAUGGAAUUGAGGAUAUUGUUGCUGCUAUGUUUAAUUCUACAAUAAUAGUUUAUAAUGGGUUAACUUUUGAACCUAUUUGGAAUUAUACAGUACCUAAUUCUGAAGUAAUAAGUAUACCUAUUCCUGGUUACUAUAAUGAUGAUAAUAUUCCAGAUUUUAUGGUAAAACAUCAAAUAGGUUUGGGUUUUCCAACAUAUUACUAUACAGUAGCAACAAUUAUAGAUGGAAAAACUGGUAAACCUUUGCUAGAAAAACCAAUAGAAGAUAGUUUAAGUAGAGAAAUGUCUGGUCUAUCUGUUACCGUUGAAGGUUUUGGAAAUGAUUGGUUUUUACACUGGUCAGUUGAUUGUCUAAAUUAUGAGGGAAUUAAAGAAAAAUAUCAGUUCUUAAAAAGUGAAGAUUUUAUAUCCGAAUCACGCGCUGAUAUUUGUAAACUGCGAUUUAAUUCUACUUUAAUUACAAAUUUAUAUGCUUUAAGCCAACAUGUUGGACCACCUGGAAUAUCAUUAUACUUUUCUGAAGAUUGGAAGUCAUUAGAAUACAAUAAUUCUAUGAAUGUUAGAAUAGAACUACCUUUCAUAACUGAAUCAUCAAAGAAUCAUAAAGAUAAAAAUAAAAAGAAUAGUUUUGAACAAAAAUUGAAAGAUUCAUAUGAAACUUAUGAACAAUAUAAUAAUGAACAUAAAAAGUUUGCUCCAAUUGAUAGUCAAAAUAACGUUUUGGAAAAUGGAAAUAAAUGGCCCCCAAAAAAUAUACAAACAAACAAGUAUUUUGAUAUCUUAUAUGAUGAAAAUAAUAAAAUUAAUAUACAAGAUCAACCAAUAGAUUACCAACAAGAGAAUGAAGUACGAGAACAAAGAAGUAACUUUAAUCUUGAAUUUACUUAUCAAUUUGAUAACAGAAUAAAUAAUUCUAUAAAAAACACAUAUAAUAAUGAAACAAAUAUUACUAAUAGCAAGAUAAAUACAUUUGAAACUUUUGAUGAUUACAUAGCAAACUUGGAUGCUAAAAAUAAUGAUGUAGAAACUUUCACUAACAAGAUUUUUAAUAAUGUACCAAAACAAGGAAAAAAUGUUAUAAUAAAAAAAAUUCUGAGACAAAAAUUCCUAAAAAAUCGAAAUGAAAAAGGAGAUACUGACAUAAAACCAAAAUUAAAAUUAAAAGAUAAAUUUGAAACAAAGUUAAAAAAACAAAAAAAGAAGCGGGAAAUAAAACUUAAAAGCAAUCAAAUAUAUGCAGUACAUGGUAUACAAAGGCAACCACCAACUGGAAUAUUAUUACCAUCUAUUUUAGAAACAAAAGGAAUAACUUCUAUUGAUUUGAUAUUUUCUACAUUUUGGUUGCCAUCUUCUAAGGCAUCUGUGAUAUUAGUUCAAGAAGAUUUAAAUUGUAUUCAUUGGAAAAUGUUGCUUUCUGAAAAAAAAUUUCAGUAUAAAGACAGUGAUGAUAUUAUUAAGGAAUGUUUAGAUGAACGAGGUGUUAAUUAUAAGAUACAUCAGGAAACGAGUAACGGAGAUGAUUUAAAAAUUUCCCUUGGACAAAUGACAAUAUAUAGAAUGAAAUUAGUAUGCAUGUGUCCUGAAGAUAUGUUGCCUAAUCAAAGUUGCAGAAACAUAUCUAUGCAUCAGAGUUGGCCUGAAUAUUUAGGUUCAGGUGGAAAUGGAUAUUUUAAACCAUUUUAUAAAACAAAUUUUUGAGUAAGAUAA